AUGUCCAAUAAGGAAGCCCAAUAUGACUGCUACAGCCCCGUAUAUGGACUCAUCGUCUUCUCUCGUAUGAAAUUGCACUCCGCCAUCAUGGAUACCGAGGCAGAGAUGAUGUUCGAUGAUAUCGCCAAAACAUACGAAGCCACCUUUGCCCAUGAUCCCAGUCUAUGCCAGGUUAUUGAUCAAACCCUGGAUCUGCUCGAGCCCAAAUCCCGUGUACUUGAUGUAUAUUAA